AUAAUUAAAAUCAUCAUCCAUAAGACAUCUUUAUAAUUGGUGGUAUCUGUGUGUGUGGUGGGAUCAAAAAGAUUCUUCCCUCACACAUCUGUACAAAUUGGUGGCAGCGGUGGGAUUCGAACCCACGCCAUCGAAAUGCUCAGCUCAGGAAGGGAUAAACUUAAGGCUCCAUUAGUCCCAAUGCCACUAAUUGGGGAACCUUUUUCUAGAGUGGGCAUAGAUAUCAUUGGUCCCCUUCCCAAACGAAGUAGGAGAGGAUGCAGAUAUAUUCUGACUAUGAUUGACUACGCAACUCGUUAUCCUGAGGCAGUAGCCCUAUCAAACAUCGAGACAACAACAAUAGCCAAUGCACUGCUCUCGAUAUGGGGAAGAACAGGUUACCCUAAAGAGCUAGUAUCGGAUUUGGGAACCCAGUUCACUUCUAGGUUAAUGGAAAAAUUGCUGGAACUGUGUGGAAUAAGGCAUUUGACAUCAUCAGCCUAUCAUCCACAAACCAAUAGCCUUGUUGAAAACCUGAAUAAGACCUUGGUUCGCAUGAUUAAGUCUUACAGUCAGCAACACCCACAUGACUGGGACAUCAAGCUCCAGCAAUUAUUAUUUGCCUAUAGGGAAGUUCCCCAAGACACCACUGGCUAUAGCCCCUUUGAAUUGUUGUAUGGGAGGCGAGUGCGAGGACCGCUUGAUUUAGUCAGGGAAUUCUGGGAAGCAUGUCCAAGACCGGAACCUGUUUCAGUGACCAAAUACAUCAAAGAUCUACAGUCAACAAUGGAAAUGGCCAGGAACACCGCCCAAGAACAUCUAGCUACAGCCCAGCAAAGACAGAAAGCUCAAUAUGAUUCAACUGCCAGAUGCAAGAGCUUCGAGAUAGGGGAUGAGGUCCUGUAUCUUACACCGACCAAGACCAACAAGCUCCAAUUAGAUUGGACUGGACCAUGGAAAGUCAUCAAAAGACACAGUGGCGUGAACUAUUCUAUAUAUGAUGAACAGUCUAAUAUAGAAAAGCUGGUGCAUGUAAGUAUGUUAAAACCAUAUGUGAAUAGAUCUGUAAAUGUAUGUAUGAUAAUUUCGGGGGAGGAAACCGGUACUUUUCCCUUUUGGGAAGGAAAUAGGAGAGCCUAUAGAAAUAGUGAGCAAGUAAAGGUUGAUGAAGGAUUGUCCCAGAGUCAACAGAAACAAAUUAGGAAGUUAUUAAACAAGUAUGAUAAUUUGUUUUCUGAUCUCCCAGGGAGAGUACAAGGGAUUUAUCAUCAAAUCAUCACUGGUGAUACUCCACCCAUAGCAUCUCCUCCAUAUCGAGUUACAGGCAAAAUAACUAAAUGCAUUGAGAGGGAGGUAAAAGAAAUGUUAGACAUGGGUAUUGUAGUACCAUCAAGCAGCCCAUGGGCCUCACCAAUUGUUUUGGUUCAAAAGCCUGAUAACACCAUAAGGUUCUGUGUGGACUAUCGUCUUUUAAACAAAGUAACACAAUCAGAUACCUACCCUAUGCCUCGGUUAGAUGAUCUGUUAGAGAGGAUGGGGAAGGCUAAUUUUAUCAGCAGCCUGGAUUUAACCAAGGGAUUUUGGCAGGUACCUAUGGCACCUCAAGACCAGGCAAAGACAGCUUUCAGGACUCAUGGGGGAUUAUAUGAGUUCACCGUUUUACCUUUUGGUUUAAAAAACAGCCCAGCCACGUUUCAACGUUUAGUGGACAGAGUACUUAGUGGUAUGGGAGAUUUCUGUGUGGCUUACAUGGACAACAUAGGGAUUUUUAGUUCGAAUUGGGAAGAUCACUUGAAACACUUAAAUCAAGUGUUGAGUCGGUUAAAGGAGGCAGGUCUAACUAUCAAGGCUUCCAAGUGCCGGAUAGGGAACCGCACAACCCAAUAUUUAGGUCACAUAGUAGGUUGUGGAAGUAUUGGACCGGAGCUAACCAAGGUUGAAGCCAUCCACCAAUGGCCUAUCCCAAAGACCAAAAAGCAACGCACCAUCCGUAACUUUGGGGGAACUCUAUUCUUCCAUCUCCGAUCGAUUCCCGUGAGCUAG